UGUUGCCUUAGUACAUUGGUUAUCCAUGUUAACAAAUUAUAACUGUUUAUGUCACGUACAGGUGGAGCUCAAAGGGGGGCGGAGGCACGCAGGACUGGGCAUCCAAGAAUGCCGAGUACAUACGGAGGUGGACAGAAUCAGCUGCGGUGGAUGUCAUCAUUACUGCUGGACAAUACGACGAGGCCACGUACUGGGACUACCUUGCUUGGUACCGUCCGCGCACGCGUGCCACCUUACUCAGCGGACCUGUACAGCCGGGCCCCAGACCCUUCCCCGAGGAUCGUGCCCGCCUACUUCAUGUUGUGACUGAAGAGGCGUAUGAGAUGCAUACGCAAGCGGAUCAACCUUUUGGGGAACCAAGCAGGUCAUCAUCGCAGAGGGAUCGUAACCCUCUCCGGGAGUACAUGAGGACAAGAGGAUCCCGCUUCCUAAACGCUAUACGUGGUCUAGGUGGGUGUGCCCCGCAAUGGAGGGGGUACGACCAACAUGCCAUGGACCCGUCUCGUGCCUCCCACAGCAGGCGGUCCUCCCACAGCAGGCGAUCAUCCAGUGCUCGUGAGGAACCCGUCCGGUCAGAAUCACGACAUACAUCUUCAGCUUCGGCGCGUCAUGUCUCAUGUUCCGGUGCUGAGGCCGAGGAGUGCACGCAGCCUCCUGCGCCCGAGCAGGUUACGCUGGGUUCACUAGCACCUCCGGCUACGAUGACACCUCCGACUGCAGCAUCUACUCAUCAGGAGGACGUCGUUGACUACACGCAGCAGACCCCUUGCUGGAGCGACCCUAAUGCUUUUGACUGGGGUGCUGCAAUGCAUGCGACCGCCACCUUCACUGAUCUACUCGGCGGACAGUCCUCCUAUGAUCUCAAUGAACCUGGAAGUUCACAUUGGUACCAGCAUGGCGAGCCUUCGGCACACUGGACUCCAUCGGAGCACGUUCUAGGGCCGUCCACACUUCCGCACGAGGAUCCUUCGGCAUGGUACAUGCAGAGCCGAGUAAGCGGGGCGGGAUACACGUUCGGUGGGGUUCCCACAGGGCAGGCAGAUGAUGAUGAAGACGACCAAGGGCACGCAAGGCAGGGGCCUGCGCAGGCUGCUGGGAUGAGAGCCACACACCCGCCAGACGCUUACACGCCUGGAGAUUGUGUGAGGCAUCGUCGCCGUUGA